UUGUCCUCACGGUCAUUUUACAGAAACACCCUCAGCUAAUUCCCGACACAGCCUGCACUCCUCGUCUUCUCCGGUCGACACUCCGCCGCUCCGACACAGGCGCAUGGACGCCGGAGAUCCCCUGCUUCGCGCUACUCCCCUGCUCUCCCGCGCGUCCUCCGCCGCCGCCACAGCUGCCUCCUCCGCCGCUCCCUUCUGCCUCGCGCAGCCCCCCAGCCUCCCUUGCCUGCCUCCCGAAUCUUCCCUCUUUCACCCAAAAAAUUGUUUCUUCUUCCUCCCGCCGCGUCUCCUGCUCGCGGCCACCCCCUCCCUCCUAGCGUUGAUGGAAGAAGCAUGGCCGGCCCUCGGCCCGACGGCCUGCGACGCGGCCUUCCCACCCCCGCCCCGGCCCCCGUGGCGUGGGGCGCGGCGGAAGACGGUGGCCAAGGAAUCGUCCGCGCAGGCGGUGAGCAGAAUCGUGUCCAGCUGCGCCAACUCGAGCGGCCUGGCCGUGGCCGCCGUCGACGCCAACGCCGCCAUCUCAGGCGGCGCCGCGCUCGCCUCCACUGCGGGCCGGCUGGUCACGGUGCUCGAGGAGGUGUGCGACGACGCAGCACGCCGGAGGCUCGCGCUCCUGCCCACGCCCGUCGAGACCGUCGACCUAACCCCUGAGUUCGUCAAGAGAGGUCGACUGUUUACUUAAUCCAGCCUAGCACCUCGUACUGCUACUUUCAUUUGCUGAAUAGAGGUUAAACUCUGCACUUUCAUGGGUUCCCAUUCUCUGCUCUCUAUUACUGCUUGAUGCUCUUUGCAUUGCUGUGUUCAGUAGGGCCAGCUUGAACCGUGUGCACCAGGAAGAAGACCAGCCCAAAGUUGAUGAAGGGAGACAGCCAACAGGAUGCCCUGCAAAUCAAUUUCGAGCAAGGGAGGUUGUGCGGCACCGAGCGGAUGUACGGCGAGGUCUCCGUAAUGGUGUCAAGUCACCCUUGCCAUAUGGAACAUAUGAGGAGCAGCAGCAGCACAAGGAGCAACUCCUUACAGUAGCAGAGGCAGUCGCCGACAGCAGCAGCAGAUGCAGUCGCCAACAGCAACAACUGGUCCGCGCGGACUCGAUCGGGCGGGCUGCAGCGGCAGAAGUAGGUGGCGGCCGAAGGCAGCGGCAGGUGGCAGACGGACGGCAGCGGCAGCAACAGGAUCCCGCCACCGGGGAAGACCCGCGUGGCCCUGCCUGACAAAGUCAGGGAGAGGGGAGCGGCGGCUGGGGUUGCUGCAGGCACGAGGAACCUGCGCCAGCGAGGAGAGCGACGAGGAGGAGGCGCCCGUCGAGGAGGAGGCCGCCUUGGAGGAGCAGCUACAGUCGGGGUCGGGCUCCUCGGAGGAGCAGCCGCAGUCGGGGUCGGGCUCCUCGAUGAUGCAGGCGGCGCCGGCGCUGGAGGCGAUGAUGCUGCCCCGCUCGCCGGCCGUGCUCGAGCCCCUCAAUCCCCUCCUCGAGCCCCUCGAUCUCCUCCCUCCUCCGGGACACGGAUGUGCUGCUCCUGUCCCUCGACGACGCGGCCGUCCUCCUCGGCGAUCUCGUGGCCGACAGCGGCGGCGAAGUCCACGGGCAGGUCAGCGGGGCGGUGGGAGAGCGCGGCCAGGGCCUCGCUGUUGGGGAACGUAGCAGAAAUUCAAAAUUUUCCUACGAAUCACCAAGAUCUAU